AUAGAUAGUAGUAACCUUGUAAGCCGACUAAAAGGUCAGAUAUACCCAGCUUCACCUACAUGUGAUUACGUCAUCAUGAAAGACAAUGUUUGGUUUACCUUUGUGUUCAUGCUACACUUUUCAACAUAUACAGAUGCCGGACCAAAAUGCUUUAGUUGCACGAGAAUACCGUUCCCACGAGACUGUGAUCAUGUGACGGAAUGCGGUGAUCAUGAGGUUUGCCACACUAAGCAAAUUGUAUCAGACGGUGGGCACGUGUUCUAUGAUACAGGGUGCUGGGACAGCGCUAGAUGCAAAAGCAAAAGAAUAAUCAGCAAUGACACCUUGUCGACUGCUGAUGACGAAUCUGGUGAUUUAAUUACGUGCUCACAUUGUUGCCAUGGUGAUUAUUGCAACUCCCAGGGAUGUGGUACACAGCCCCUUCGGCCAUAUCCGGAAGCACGUGGUCCUCUUUGUUUUAACUGCCAGAAAGGAACAGUAUCACCCAAGGAUUGUGAAACAGUGAUCGUCUGCAGCAGGGACGAGCAUUGUGCAAUAGAACCAAUUGUGGGUAUUGGAGGGGAUCAGCUGUAUAGAACAGGAUGUAAAGCGUGCGGGGAUAUAAGUGACGUUUUGGUUGGCAAAAGGGGGAUAACUCCUUGCUCGGGUUGUUGCAAAGGCGAAUUCUGUAAUAAUGACUGUUCCUCUGUGUCAAGAACGUCUGCCAUGACGACACUACCGGCAUCAUCUUUGAUGUCACCCACGAAGCAGGCAGCAUCCAGCACGUCAAAGUCAACGGAGCAGACGACAAAAAGAACCCCAAUAACAUUAAGUUCCGUGGCGCCAUCUUCGAACCCCCAAACCGUGCCAGUGACGCUGCCUACUUUGUUUACAAAAGAAAGACAAUGUAAGAUGCUGAGCUACGAAUAUCUCAAGAAUUAUCAUCAUUGUGUAAAGCCAUACAAAAACCUACAGUUGACAUGGCAACAGGCACGUGACCGUUGUAUUCAAGAUGGCGGCGAUCUGUUAAUAUUUCAUAACAAACCUGAGGAAAGUCUCUUUGAGUCUUGGUUACUAAAUAUGACGGGUACCAGCACACGCUACUGGGUCGGGGCCUCCGAUCUUGGACAUGAGGGAAAAUGGUUGUGGGUGGACUCGACAGUCGUCGACACCAAAUUGUACUUCCACCCUGGGGAACCGAAUGAUGCUGGAUAUCCCGAGGGUUUUCACGAGAAUUGUGCAGCGGCUACGUAUUUUGCUGACCAAAACCAUCGUAUUUUGCUAAAUGACGACAACUGUACCCUGCCAUCCAGUUUCAUUUGUGAACUAAAUCUUUCUGAAAGAUGUACAAAUGCAGGUUACACUUACGAGCCAGAUUUUGACUUGUGCUUCAAGAUUUUCUCAACAAUGGCAACAUGGCAACAGGCACGUGACAGAUGUCUUUUGGAACAUGCGGAACUUGCUGAGCCUAAUACACUUGGGAUAGUGAAAUUCUUCGACAAUUAUUUGAAGUCCUUUGGAACAACUGAAUACUGGGUUGGUGGUAAACAGAGUCAGAGUGACCCACAGAAAUUUAUAUGGCAGACGACACAGCAGACGAUAGCUCAAGAUUUAUGGCACGCGGGGGAACCAAACAAUGUCAAUGAGCAGUGUGUUGUACUUCACUGGUACAAGAGACAGGAUCUAGAUAAACUUUUCCGGUUAAAUGAUAUUCCUUGUAAUUUACACAAUGCCUUUAUUUGUCAAUAUACAUAGUGGAAUAAAUCUUUUAGUCUUUACA